GCAUGUAGAGAAAGUUGCAAACGUUAGUGCGUCCCGGAGAAGAAAAGGGGGAGAGGACCAAGACAAGAAAAGUCGGUUAACUCCUGUCCAGUUCAGGCGGAAAGCUUCGAGAGCAGCAAAUUUCCGACAAGCAAGAAAAAAGUGAAGCGGAAAGUUCGGAAAAGUUAAAACAUUUUCGACAGGGGAAAAACCGCAUUCGGAACCAAUACUUCGCCUACCGCAGAUCCAGCGGAAGUUUCCCGAGUCCAGGCUGCAUUUGCACACCAAUGCAAUGUGCUAAAGGGCUAUGAAGACCAAUUGUGCGACCUAUGAGCCGCUAACGAACAUUUAACCCACACCGUCUGCUCUCUGUUGGCUCAUCCAGCUUUAACGUUGCAGGUGUCUCAGCUUAGAUGUGGCACUAAGGAAUGUGCAGUCACCAUGGAAACACAGUCCCAGGCCAGUUCAACAGCAGAGAAGAAAAAGAGGGCAGAGACCAUCGUGGCAACCAAGAGAUCCUCCUUGACCCGAACUGAGAUCAGCGAGAAGGCUGUGGCUUCCAGCACUACAUCCAACGAAGAUGAGAACACUAGUUCUCCCUACCACCGGGAGAGGUGCAAUGUGAUUAGUGGACAGCUACCAGUGCCAGGCCAGGGCUCGGUGGCUGCUAAGCUGAGUGAUGAGCCGUCCACCUCCACAGAAGAGCGACCCUUGCUGGUGAAGAAGGAGCUGCAGACCUCCCUGCCCUACCUCCCUGAACACACACUCCCUUACCGGGGCACACUGUUUGCAAUGGACCCCCGAAAUAGUUACCUGGACCCUCACUAUACUCCGGCUCAUUUCUUCCCUGGAUUCCACCCUCCUGUGCCAGUUGACGACAGACACACACAGGGACGUUACAUCUACGAGCCCUCUCCAGUGCCACCGCUCCAUGUGCCUCCUGUAUUGGCAGGCAGCCCUGCAUUUUCUGAUAUCUCUGUCAUCAGAAUCCCACCCCACCGGAAUUCUUCAGGCAUAGGAGUGGAUUCGACCUUUAGCCCCCCACACCCAUACAUCAACCCAUACAUGGACUACAUCCGCUCCAUUCAUAGCAGCCCCUCUCUUUCUAUGAUCUCUGCAGCUAGGGGACUCAGCCCUGCAGAUGCCCCACACACUGGUUUGACCACAGCAGAAUACUACCAUCAAAUGGCACUUCUUGCAGGUCACCGUAGCCCCUAUGCUGACAUCAUUCCCUCUACCAUGUCUACUACUGGAUCAGGGACCAAUGCUUUGCACAUGGAAUACCUCCAGGCUCUGGAAGCAAGUUCUCGCUUUCCCAGUCCGAGACUCCUUGCUCGUCAGGGCAGGAAGCGCCCCCUUCCUGGCUCACCACACUCAGACUCAAGUUUUGAUUUUCAAGCCAUGAUCCGGAAAUCACCAAAUUCCCUGGUGAGCAUCCUGAACAGCACGCGGCCCAGCUCAUCCACCAGUGGAUCCUACGGCCAUCUGUCUGCUGGUACUAUCAGUCCUGCACUGAAUUUUGCCUACCCUCCCACCCCAGUGGCACUGCAAAUGCAUCAGCAGCUAAUUGGCCGGCCUCCAGGCAUUGUGGCUUCUGCUUUCGGGCACAGUCCCCCUCUCAUCCACCCUGGCCCUGCCUUCACUACUCAGAGACCCAUAGCAGGCAUCACCCCCUCAGGACCAGGGCCCACAGAGCGUUUCACUAGCUCCACUGACAUACAAAGUAAACCUACCAGUGAGUCAGCAGUGACCAGCACAGGAGACCCCAUGCACCACAAACGCUCCAAACUCAAGCCUGAUGAUGAGCCUCCCAGCCCUGGAGCAGUUAGUGUGCAGGAUCAUCCGGAUGGAAUGACCCUUGUGAAAGAGGAAGAAGAUAAGGAAGAUGGGAAACAAGAGCCAGAGGUGGUGUAUGAGACCAACUGCCACUGGGAAAAUUGCUGCAGAGAGUUUGACACCCAGGAACAGCUUGUACAUCAUAUAAAUAAUGACCAUAUCCAUGGGGAGAAGAAGGAGUUUGUAUGUCGAUGGGAGGAGUGCUCUCGAGAACAGAAGCCCUUCAAGGCCCAGUACAUGCUGGUGGUACAUAUGCGCAGGCAUACAGGCGAGAAACCACACAAGUGCACGUUUGAGGGCUGUUCCAAGGCCUAUUCUAGACUGGAGAACUUGAAGACACACUUGCGCUCUCACACAGGAGAGAAACCCUAUGUGUGUGAACAUGAGGGCUGCAACAAGGCCUUCUCGAAUGCAUCAGACCGUGCCAAACAUCAGAAUCGGACCCACUCCAAUGAGAAACCCUAUGUAUGCAAGAUACCAGGCUGCACCAAACGCUACACUGAUCCGAGCUCUCUGCGCAAACAUGUAAAAACCGUUCAUGGUCCUGAAGCCCAUGUCACUAAGAAACAGCGUGGAGAUGUUUACCCCCGUCCCCCGGCCCAUCCCCGUGAACCUGGAGCCAAUGGACAGGGCAGGUCGUCAAAAUUGCAAUGCCCCUUUGAAGCAUUUCCUGACCAAAGGGAGUAUAACCAUGCUACCUCAAAGCAAGAUGAAUGUCUGCAAGUCAAGUCAAUCAAGACAGAGAAGCCGAUGACGUCUCAGCCAAGCCCUGGCAGUCAGUCUUCAUGCAGCAGUGGCCAGUCCCCCACCAGCUCCCAUCUCAGCCGUGGAGUCCAGCUUGCUGUGAACACUAUUGGCCUUGUCGGGGAGGAGGUGGUGGAGGACCAGGAGUUUGAAGUGGAGGAUGAAGAGAAGGACACUGAGGUAGUAGAGGAGGAGUCUCCCAUAAUGGUCUCUGCUGUAUCCACUGCUACAGCCACGGCAGCUACUGUAGCCCUACAGCCCUGCAGGAGUCUUGGGCAGCCCUUGCGCUGGAUGGAACAGGUUAAGAUGGAAAGGCUUAGGCAGGUGAAUGGAGGGACAUCAAGGCUGGGACAUCUGUCACCCACAGCACCCUCUAAAGGCCACAGUCUGCCCUCCCUGACAAUGAAAGGCUUGUGUACAGUCAGGAGUACUUGUGGGGGUGCACCAGUGCCUCAGCCUCCUUUACAUCCCGAGCCAUCCAGCACAGAGCUGACAAUGCUGAGCCUCCUACGGGAUCGCCGUGACAGCAGUGGCAGUGCCACCAGCUCAGCCUACCUAAGUAGCAGCCGUCGUUCAUCUGGCAUCUCUCCCUGCUUCUCAAGCCGCCGCUCCAGCCAAGCCUCACAGUCUGAGCACAGCCAGCAAAGACAGCUACACAACCUCAGUGCUACUGACUCCUAUGACCCCAUUUCCACUGAUGCCUCUCGUCGCUCCAGUGACGCUAGCCAAUGUGGUGGAGGUGGUGGUUCUGGUGGGGUAGUGCUUGGAAGAAGCUGGGGUAGUCAAAGUGGAGGUGUGGGAGGAGGUGGGAUGGGAUCAAGAGGUGUGUUGAAUCUAACACCAGCACAGCAUUAUCAUCUCAAAGCCACAUAUGCAGCUGCAACAGGUGGGCCCCCUCCAACACCUUUGCCUAAACUGGAACAAGUGAGCUAUAAAAUUCAAAUGACUAUGGCCAGGGAUGUGAAAGGCACAAACCCGCUCCCAUUGCCAUCACUAUUCAGACCUCGUUGCAGUAGUGAUGGUAGUUCUCAUGGACAAAACAGUCACAUUAGGUACAGAUGGAGGAGAUUGUAUCCAGGGGAAGGCCCAGGCAAUAGUAACAGAAGAGCAAGUGACCCUCUAAUGCCAAGAGACCAAAAUAACACUGGAAAUCCCCAGAUACAGCGUUUUGGCAGCCAAAAUAACAUGGACCACUUACCCCCUCUGGUUGGUAAUAAUGUCUCAAGUGGUGUUGGUAAAAGUACAAACCACCAAAAUGACACCAACUUAGUGGACAUUAUCCAGAGUGGCCAGCUCUCCCCUUUCCCUCCUAGCAUCAUGGAACAAUCAGCACUUGAAGCUUUAGCCAUGGAGCAUGAUGGGGCGCUCUUAUUUAGGGAUGAUGGUGGUCUUCUUGGGGACCAUAAAGCUCCCUGCAGCCAGCAAAAUGGCAUAAAUUCCCAAUUUCACAGAAAUGAUUUUACCCAGAAUAGUAAGGAGGUGCAGAAAGUCCAGAAUCCUUCACAGCACCAUGGGGCACAAGAAGCACAAAAUCCUAGGAAAGAUAGCCUGCCAAUCCAAUGGAAUGAGGUAAGCUCGGGAAGUACGGAUUUUUCGCCUCCUUGGGAGCCAUGGAGCCAGCUAGCCAGCAUGUGGACCAAGACCCCUCUCAACCACAACAAUAUUCCACCCAACGGAUAA